AAUUUGACUUAAUUUUUUAUUUAAUUUGAAAAACAAAACUUUUGAUUAUAAAUAUUUUUGCAAGAUGAUAAUUAUUCUGAAAUCCAUCAAAAAGAAAGAAAUUAUUUUCCAUUUAUAAAAAAAUAUUAUUGACUCAUUCUGCUAAAUUGUAAUUAGGAUGCAACUUCAGAAACAUAUUGUGUAAACAAGAUUAAUUCUACCUACGACGAAAAAUGUCAACUGUUAAAGGAAUAUCCUCUUCGAUAGGAUACCUGGCAACCACAUCGACAAUCGUCAAGAAUCUGCAAUCCUUUGCAAAGAAUGAUUCCAUUUUAAACUCCACCAUUAUAGAAGAGGAAUUACUGCUGGAUCUUGAGGAGAAUGUUGAAGGGUUCAAUAAGGAACGAUUGAUUUGGAUAUUAAAUCUCAUCGUAACUAUUAUCAUAUUUGGUUUCAACGUGGUUUUCUUGCUCGUUUAUUACAUGUUCCCUCGAAUACGCAAUAAAAAUAUCAAUUGCUUGGGAAACAGCCAAUCGAAUCCAGAUAUAAACAACGAUGCAGAAGGCAAGCGAAAUAUCAGGACCGCAGACGAUACUGAUGUUUUUUUCAACACGCAUUUCAAAAACGCUAAUUUAAAAAAAAACAGCGUCAAUUUAAGAGGAAAUACUGUGCUAGCUCCGCAUUGGGGUUGUCCAAAUCAAUGCUGCUUGCAUCUCACUUGGGGAUCCUUGUUGUUUUUAUUGGUAAAGGUAACCGUGGAUAUAUUUUUCUUGAAGGUGAGAUAUCUAACAUCUUCCAUAAUGAUAUUCUCUAUAUUCCUGUUACGUUUGUUGGACGCCACGCUUGUUUUCAAUAGCGUUUAUUUGAUGUUCCUUUGGUUCAAAACCGUCCUAAACUCAGUUGAUAUCAACGAUCGUUCUAUCAGGCUCUCAUUCCAAUCCAUAUUGUGUUACAGGUUCAGGAGUAGGCCUACCAGAGCAGUUAACGAAUCUGAACUAGGCAGGAGAGUUACCUUGAUCCCGGAAUGGGUUACCAAAUUUUUUAUUCGAAGUACUAAUAGAUCUACUUGUAUUCUCUCUGCGGUAUACGGAGCAGUAUUGGCCGUAGUUAUAACUUUGGUGUUCAACAUACGAGGCGACCACGUGUAUUUUCACGAAUACCAAGCCGUCAAAUACAGUCUUUUGAUCCAAACUUUCCACGUCACACUUAAUUUGAUCCUCUGGGGAACUACUCUUUACCGUUAUAAUAAAUUGAGUGCUUACUUCAAAACCAAAGUAAAUCUGAGCAAGAACGUCAAAACUAUCAAAGAUAUCAGCGAGUCAUCCCCUACAUCCAAUAACGAUGAUUCACUAACUUUACCUUAUAUUGUUAAAGCGGGUGGAGUUAACGCGACUGAUACAUAUAUUGAUAAUUCGAACCCUAUUAACUUACCUUACGAAAAUCUGUCAUAUUAUUUUUGGAUAUCUUUCGGAAACUUCAUGGUUUAUACUCCCUUUCUAUGGUUUUACCUGAUAGCUCUUUUAUUCAGGCCUAAGUUUCUGUACGAAAUGCUCAAUAUGCAAGGCUUAAUUGGAUUCUUGGGCACCCUCUUCGAUAUAGGAGCUUGCAUACCCGUCUUUGUGGCCUCUUUCCAUGAUAAAUCUCUUAGAUUGUCUUUCAUUGAUUUCAUAUAUUGUCGCUUCGUAGGCGGUCGAAAAUCUGGGAAUAUGGAGCUCAUUAAUUGAUUUUACUUAUUUAUUAAAUCCUCGAUUUCUCAUUAUAACACGUAUUUCUAAAAUUAUUUCGCAAUAUAAAUAUUAAUCAUUUUGGUAUCUUGCCUACUUCAUUAGUUUUUUUAAAAAAAAAAAUACCAUUAAAAUUAUCUUUGUACAUUAAUUAUUAUUUUUUAUUAUAUUUUUCGAUUUUAUGAUAAUUAUUUUUAAUAAAAUAUUACUUAUA